CGGCCUCGAGCUGGUCCAGCAGCCGGCUCGACGACAUGUCUGAGGGAGGCCCCAGAGGGGGCGGGGACGUGGCCCGCAGAACGCGGGUUCUGUAAAGACACGUGGAGAAGAUUCGAUUCCGACAACAGGAGGAGGCGGAUGGAAAGAGAGCCAGGCGGCUGACGGGAAGGGGGCUGCCAAGAUGGCGUCGGCCUCCUCCCAACCGUCGUUGGCGGUCGGUUUUUCAUCCUUUGAUCCCGGGGCCCCUUCCUGUACCGCGUCCUCAGCGUCUGGAAUCACGAGCCCCACGGCAUCUGAGGUGCCUUAUGCCUCUGGCAUGCCCAUCAAGAAAACAGGCCAUCGAGGUGUUGAUUCCUCAGGAGAGACAACAUAUAAAAAGACAACCUCAACGGCCUUGAAAGGUGCCAUCCAGUUAGGCAUUACUUACACUGUGGGGAGCCUGAGUACCAAACCAGAGCGUGAUGUCCUCAUGCAAGAUUUCUACGUGGUGGAGAGUAUCUUCUUCCCCAGUGAAGGGAGCAACCUGACCCCUGCUCAUCACUACAACGACUUCCGUUUCAAGACCUAUGCGCCUGUUGCCUUCCGCUACUUUCGGGAGCUAUUUGGUAUCCCGCCCGAUGAUUACUUGUGCUCCCUCUGCGGUGAGCCGCUGAUUGAACUCUGUAGCUCUGGAGCUAGUGGUUCCCUGUUCUAUGUGUCCAGCGACGAUGAACUCAUUAUUAAGACACUCCAACAUAAAGAGGCGGAGUUUCUGCAGAAGCUGCUUCCAGGAUACUACUUGAACCUCAGCCAGAACCCUCGGACUUUGCUGCCUAAAUUCUUUGGACUGUACUGUGUGCAGACAGGUGGCAAGAACAUUCGGAUUGUGGUGAUGAACAAUCUUUUACCAAGAUCCGUCAAAAUGCAUAUCAAAUAUGACCUCAAAGGCUCAACCUACAAACGCCGGGCUUCCCAGAAAGAGCGAGAGAAGCCUCUUCCCACAUUUAAAGAUCUAGACUUCUUACAAGACAUCCCUGAUGGUCUUUUUUUGGAUGCUGACAUGUACAAUGCUCUCUGUAAGACCCUGCAGCGUGACUGUUUGGUGCUGCAGAGCUUCAAGAUAAUGGACUAUAGCCUCUGGCUGUCAAUCCACAAUAUAGAUCAUGCACAACGAGAGCCCUUAAGCAGCGACACUCUUCAAGUGUCAAUUGACACUCAAAGACUGGCUCCCCAAAAGGCUCUGUAUUCCACAGCCAUGGAAUUCAUCCAGGGAGAGGCUCGGCUGGGCGACACCAUGGAGGCCGAUGACCAUAUGGGUGGCAUCCCUGCUCAGAAUAGUAAAGGGGAAAGGCUUCUGCUUUAUAUUGGCAUCAUUGACAUUCUACAGUCUUACACGUUUCUUAAGAAGUUGGAGCACUCUUGGAAAGCCGUGGUACAUGACGGGGACACUGUCUCAGUGCAUCGCCCAGGCUUCUACGCUGAACGGUUCCAGCACUUCAUGUGCAACGCAGUAUUUAAGAAGAUCCCCUUGAAGCCUUCUCCUUCCAAAAAGUUUCGGUCUGGCUUAUCUUUCUCUCCGCAUACGGGCUCCAGUGGCAACUCCUGCAUUACUUACCAGCCAUUGGUCUCUGAGGAAUACAAGUCACAAGUGAUAACAAAGGUGCAAGUGGAGCCAGGUGUUCACCUUGGUCGUUCUGAUGUUUUACCUCAGAAUCCACCUUUGGAGGAAAUCAGUGAGGGCUCUAUUACUGACCACAGUUUCUCACCUGUAGUUGGAAAGACUCUGCAUAUGCUAACUACAAGUACAACCUUGGAAAAACUUGAAUGUACAGAGUCAGAGUUCACCCAUUAAGCGCAAAGCCUCAGAAGACCUGGAACAAGAUUCUGCUUCUCUGUGAUCCCAAGAUGUCAGCCCUUGCCCCAGCAAUGUUGAAUUUUCUUCUACUUGGUCAUCAAAAAAGGAGUGUAAAAGAAGCGAGGUGCGCUCUCCAUCUUCUUCCUGAAGAAGAGCCUCCUCUUCUUCUCUGUCCUCAUAAAUGGGCAUUAGUGCCUUGGACAGUUGAGGACCACUCCAUCCUCUCCACAGCAUCCCCUCCACUCCAGAGUUGGGUGGCACGGAUUUUCAACUGGCUAACCUUGGCUUCCACAACUGAAUUUUUUUCAGACCCCCAUUCUUCAUGCUGGAAAUGAGAUUACUGGACUUGGCAGUUUUCUUUCCCCUCAUCUUUCACCAGGAACUGGACUCUUAAUUUCCUCAGGACAGACUAGCUGCCACAUUAUCCCCACCUUAGUUCUUUCUCUCUGAUCCCUGGAAGAAAACCCCUGUAAUCUCUGUAUAGGUUUUUGGGGGAUAAGGGUGUUUAACCACCUCCCAACUUUGUUUUUUUUUUUUUUUUCCCUGAAAAAAGGAAAAAGCACACAGCACCAAAUUUCAAGCCAGUUUCAGAUCAAAAAUCCAGAAGUGUUGACGAGAUGCCUAUCCGUAGGGUUCCCUCAGAAGAUCCACGGUGUUUGUGAAGAGAAAAGUAGUGAUUGCUCUGCCAGAAGCAGCUCCUCUUUAAACUCCUCUCUUGAUGAAUUUCUUAAGGCUGAAGGAAUGGAGAGAGUGGGACGUGGGGUAAUCUUUACCCCUUUUGUUAAAACAUGAGGCAGCCAUGGGUUGGGAGAUCAUAGCCCUUCCUGGGCAGAAUCCUAUUCACUGCCAGGCUAUAAUGAUUAUUACAGUUUUGCAAUUUGAAACAUA